UAACCACUAACAAGCAAUGAGAAAAUAUGAAAAUAUUAAAAUCAGACAAAACAAUUCAAGGCCAAAGGGAUUUUUAAUGGUUUUAUUUUAAUAGGCCACCCUCUACCAAGAAAAUUAAAGAACCAUAAGCCUUCAUGUAUUGUAAUUAUAAAAAUGACAAUGGCAAUUUCAUAUGGUUUAAUCUAAUUAAUUACAUAGCUUCAAUACACAUAAUGCAAAGGUUCAGAAAUAUAAGAGUAAAUUGCUAAAUUUGGACUUAUAGAAAUCUUUAAAAUCUUUUUUCAAAGAUGGGCAGAUCAGGAAGAAUAACUAGGAUAAAGAUUUGAAUAACGUACUUAACAAGCUUAACCUACUAAAUAUAUGUAAGUAACAGAGUGUAGAUUUCUUUGCACAUUCCCAUGGAAUAUUUAGUGCCUACCAGAGCAUACAUGGGCAUCUUAGAUUUACUAAAAACCUAUGUUUUCUGGGAAUAGUGAUUUACAACAGUUUAGGUUAUAUCCUAGGGGAAAAAAUGUUCUUAAUAGGAGUAAAAGAGGAAAGGCAAGGCGUUCAAUCAAGUUUUACAGAAAAAAAAAAAGCCAGCCUCAAGGAAGAAUGCCUUGCUGUCCUGCUUGGCUUCAGCACGGACCCCUCCAGGCUCUGUCUCCGUUUCGGGAGCCUGCUGUCGCUUCUGCCUCCUCAGCACUCUUCUAUUUCUGGGUUAAGGAGCUCAGGCUUCUCAGACGUGGCUUGAGGAACACAGGCCCCUAAUCCCAGAGCAUAAGAAGGCUUGGAACUCUGGAGGGGCGGGCGUGAGCAGUGGAGAAACUGUCUUCAGGAGUUGGGCCCCAGUGUGAGGCUGGUACCCAGCUAUGCACCCCACCUCCCUUUCAAAUCCUCCUGCAGGCCUGAUCUGACUGAGGUCAAGGGGUGCCUACUGCCAUGAGCCCUGACGCUUGGCCAGGGCAGUGGGUGUCGUCAUUGCCUCUCCCGGAUAAGGCAUGUCAGACGAGGCCUGCAAUUCAUUUUUUUGGACUCCAGAUCUGGAAGAAAUUAAUUUAAACCUGGGAUCCCUCAGCCAAUUCUGAAAGCAGGAUGUGGACUAUACCUGUAUGUUAAAGUGGUUUCUGUCUCGUGUUUCAUAGCGAAAAAUACCAAAGAAGAUUCCUCCUUCCUUCUAUCAGCGAACAGUUCUCUUUCCCUUGGACCUGCUGUCUGUGUUCUGAAGAAAUAGUGUUCUUAUACCAUGGGAAGUGGUACCUCAACCCAACAUCAUUUUGCUUUCCAGAAUGCAGAGAAAGCCUUCAAGGCAGCGGCCCUGAUCCAGAGGUGGUACCGGCGCUACAUGGCACGCCUGGAGAUGAGGCGGCAGUGCACCUGGAGCAUCUUCCAGUCCAUAGAGUAUGCUGGGCAGCAGGACCAGGUCAAGCUCCAUGAUUUCUUCAGUUACCUGGUGGAUCACUUCACCCCCAGCAGUCACAAUGAGAGGGACUUCCUGAACCGCAUGUUUACUGAGGACAGCAUCCCCCAGGAUUCUGAGAUGGAGAACUGCAGUGACUAUGAGUCCAUAGAGGUUCCAGACGAUUACACAGGGCCUCGCCUCUCCUUCCCACUCCUUCCCGAUCACGCAACUGCCUUGGUGGAAGCCUUCAGACUGAAACAGCAGCUACAUGCUCGCUAUGUCUUGAAUCUUUUGCACGAAACCAGAAAACAUCUGGUACAACUGCCAAACAUCAACCGGGUCUCAACCUGUUACAGUGAGGAGAUCACAGUGUGUGGAGAUUUACAUGGCCAGUUGGACGACUUAAUAUUUAUAUUUUAUAAGAAUGGCCUCCCAUCACCAGAGCGAGCCUACGUGUUCAACGGCGACUUCGUGGAUCGAGGCCAGGAGUCAGUAGAGAUCCUGAUGGUUCUUUUUGCCUUCAUGUUGGUUUACCCCAAAGGAUUCCAUCUGAACCGAGGAAACCACGAGGACUACCUGGUGAAUCUACGAUACGGCUUCACCAAGGAAGUAAUGCACAAAUACAAGGUGCAUGGCAAGAAAAUACUAAAAAUGCUGCAAGAUGUUUUCUGUUGGCUCCCCCUGGCCACUCUGGUUGAUGAGAAAGUCCUGAUUCUUCACGGUGGGGUGUCCGACGUGACUGACCUGGAGCUCCUGUCUAAGCUAGACAGGCACAAGGUUGUUUCCACCUUGAGGUGCAAAACAAGAAAAGAGAACGAGAAGCAGGCGGAGGAGCAUGGAAAAGCCAAGCAGACAAGCUCUGCAGGGAGACCUUCCCCGUGGUUUCUCCCCCAGAGCCGCUCUCUCCCCUCUUCGCCCCUUCGCCUCAGCUCCCACCAGACCCACAAAGCUGGACGCUCCUCCAGUGUCCCCUGCAGUGGCCCCCUGGACCCCAGAUGGCUCUCCUGGCAGGCGAGGCGCUCCGUGGACCUGGAGCUGGAGAGGUGCCGGCAGCAAGCCGGCUUCCCGGUGAUCAAGGAGAAGGAGGAGCCCUGGCUCUGCAGGGCAGAAGCUGACUCUGAAGCAGGGGAGCUGCUGGAGCCCACGCAGGAGGAGUGGCGGCAGGUCGUAGAUAUACUGUGGAGUGAUCCCAUGGCUCAGGAGGGCUGCAAGGCCAACACUGUUCGAGGAGGAGGCUGUUAUUUUGGGCCAAAUGUGACAAAACAGUUGCUGCAGAAAUACAAUCUGCAAUUCCUGAUCCGCUCACACGAGUGCAAACCCGAAGGCUAUGAAUUCUGCCAUGGCCGCAAGGUGUUAACCAUCUUUUCUGCCUCCAACUACUAUGAAGUUGGCAGUAACAGAGGGGCCUAUGUCAAGCUGGGGCCAGCCCUGAGCCCACACAUCGUGCAGUAUCAAGCUAACAAGGCGACCCACAGGUUGACCAUGAGGCAAAGGAUUAGCCGAGUAGAGGAGUCAGCUCUAAGAGCUCUGCGAAACAAGUUAUUUGCCCAUUCCUCAGAUCUUCUUGAUGAAUUUAAGAAGCACGAUAAAGAUAAAACUGGUUUAAUCCCCUUGGGCGAGUGGGCAGCAGCCGUGGAGUUGGUGCUGCGCCUGGGGCUGCCAUGGCGGGUGCUGAGGCCACAGCUGGUGAACAGCUCAGUAGGUAACAUGCUGGAGUACAAGUCCUGGCUGGAAGACUUGGCCAAAGAACAACCAAGUUUCAAGAACAUCCAGUCAAGUUUGCUGGAAACACUGUAUCGAAACCGAUCCAACCUGGAGACCAUUUUUAGGAUCAUAGACAGCGAUCACUCAGGUUUCAUCUCACUGGAUGAGUUCAGGCAGACUUGGAAACUGUUCAGCUCUCAUAUGAAGAUUGACAUCACCGAUGGCUGUAUCUGCGACCUUGCCCGGAGCAUUGACUUCAACAAGGAUGGCCGCAUUGACAUCAAUGAGUUCCUGGAGGCCUUCCGCCUUGUGGAGCAGUCCUGCUCAGAGGGCAGUGACUCAGACUGCCCGCAGGCCCCAAACACUAAUGACAGUGGUGCCGGCCAGCCAGCAGCACACUGAAGAGUUUGGUUUCUGUUACCCACGUUGUCUCAUAAGCGAUGCCAAGCGUGUCACUGCAAUAGCUCCCUUAUUCUCCAUAGAUUUAUGGAGAUUUAUGCUGAGAAUUUGUUGACCAACAUGCAUCACAAUCCCCUGUGUGUUUGUGGGUGCCGUGUGUGUGUGCACCUGUUGUGUAUUUUUAAAUAUAUAGGCACAAACCCAUCUCAGAAUUUUCACAAGGUGGGACCCAGGUAUAAGUAUUUUUAAUUCUGAAGUCUACCCCAUUAUGAAUCACUGAUCAUUCAACACCCUCAUUGUUUCCAUUUUAUACUUUUUAUUUGUUGUUUUUAAAAUGCCAUACUGAUAAAGGAAAGCUAUGGGAAAUCAUUUAUGAAACCUGGUGACCCGAACAUAUGGAUUCUCUUUAUUAUUUACUUUUUCUUACUAUUACUAU